CAUCAAGAUGGCGGCCUCCGUAUUGAACACGCCGCUGAGGCGGCUUCCUAUCCUUUUGCCCUUCAGAAGUGCCUACGGAGUUCAGGUUCCCCUCCAGACUCUCUGCACCAAAGCCCCCACUGAGAAAGAUUCUUUGCCCCCGGUUCCCAUUUCCCCUUAUGAGAAUGAACCUUGGAAAUAUCUGGACUCAGAAGAAUACCAGAACCGCUAUGGUUCUCGCCCUGUGUGGGCUGAUUACCGCCGCAACCACAAAGGUGGUGUACCCCCACAACAGACUCGGAAGACAUGUAUUCGUAAGAACAAAGUUGCUGGGAAUCCCUGCCCCAUCUGCCGGGAUCACAAGUUGCAUGUCGACUUUAGGAACGUGAAGCUCUUGGAACAGUUUGUCUGUGCCCACACGGGUAUCAUCUUCCAUGCUCCCUACACAGGGGUCUGUAGGAAGCAGCACAAGAAGUUGACCCAGGCCAUACAGAAAGCCAGGGAUCAUGGUCUCCUCAGUUACCACAUUCCCCAGGUUGAACCUCGGGACAUGGAUUUCAGUACCUCUCAUGGAGCUGUGAGUGCUACUCCACCAGCCCCCACCCUGGUUUCAGGCGACCCCUGGUACCCAUGGUACAACUGGAAACAGCCACCAGAGAAAGAACUGUCACGCCUUCGCCGGCUCUAUCAGGGCCAUCUCCAGGAAGAGACUGGCCCCCCACCUGAGUCCAUGCCCAAGGCGCCCCCCACAACACCAGCUGAAGCCUCCUCCACUGAGCAGACAGCCCCCUAGGGUGCUUUUUAGGAGCUGUGGACUAGGAAGGGAGCUUGAGGGGAUUAGGAAAUAAUGCUUAGGAUUAUGUGAUGGGGUGUUACCAGGAAGAGUUGUGUCUAAUUUGUGACUGGCAAACUCAGGAAAGAAAUGAUUGUUCGUGAAGGGGAUAAAUACACCUGAGACUGAGGGAGGGUAGUACAGAUGUGUAUGGGAAACCCCAACCCCUAUGCAUUAUAAAAAGAUGGCUAAAUGUUUUGUUGCUGUUUCAGAUGUCUGCCAACUCACCUUUUCCACAAUAAAGCUGUAUCUUCUA